UGAUCUUGCUUCACCUUAUGAAGCCAAAAAAAUUGACGCCUUUAUUUUUGAGCUUGAAGCCUUUCCCCUGAUACAUAGAAAUGAGAAAGUUUCAGCCUAAAUUUCACCUUCGCAUUCUUAAUUUGGUUAGUGCAUCAUCUACAUCUCCUACAACUACCUAGAUUGUUUACUAGCAAAUUCAGCCUUCACAAAAAAUGAGUGCCGCUCCGCCGUCCCUGCUCCCUGGGAUCCAGGGUCUUAUUUCUCGACUCGAAGAGAUUCAAGUCGAGUGUGGUGAAAGACCUGAUGAGUUGACGAAGAAAAAGGCGCCAAGGGAUGACUUCGAAGUAAUGAAGACAUCAAUAUACGGAAUGCUGCAUAUUUUGUUAUGAUCACAAAACAAAAUGGAAGUCAUUGGACUACGUGUAUAUUUUGUAGAUAAGAUCAAGAAAGUCGUUCUUGGACUCGUAUUCCGAUGGAUAUUGUUUUUCUGAACCACGAUGAGAAAAGUCGUAGUUGGAGUUCUAUUUUUGUUCUUCUCCUGAACGAUGCAAUGCGAGGACCCUGGAUUUGCCAAACUAUCUAACUUAAGCAGAAAAACAAAUUAGCUUCAAACAAUUUGAAUACAUCAAAGACGUUUUUUCUAAUCCCUCGUGUGAACAUCCGCGAGCGCCUCAAGAUAACGCAGAAACACGGGAAUAACUAUCAAGCGAUUGAAAAAGCGGUGCGAAUAAGAGAAAUGAUUGCGGAGAUUGAAAAACUCUUGCCCAAGCUCCAACAGAUUCAGAUGCGACAGGCUAGGCAGAAACGUCUUAACCCAGAAGAAAUCGAUCUCCGCGUACAAGAUAUUCGAAACAUCUGUUAUGGUAACGAGGAAAGUGCAUGUGCUGCAAGUUGUAGUGAACGGCAAUCACAACGAAGAAAGCGCUUGUGGCAAACUUAAACCUGUAGUCACCCUUCGAUGCGAGUAUAGGUAAAUAAAUCUAAGUGCUCGUAAGUUAUAUUUGUUCUGAAAAAAUGGUCGAACAACAUAGAAUUUAAUGAACGUCGGCAAUUUGUAAUUAUUGAAGUCGAAGUAUUUGAGCUGUAAGAACCUCCUAGCUCUAAGAAUUCCGGCAACUGGAGGAAGCAAAAAUUGCGAUUAGUUCAAAUACGGACGUUGGUGCUGCCGCAAGUUCCUCUUCGGCAGCUCAAAAGUACGGCGCUGAGACGUAUGGAAAAUCGCUAAAGUAGAUUCCGCUACAUGUAGAAAAAUGUUCAUGUUGUCGUUGUGUCUGUCAGCACGGUAGGACUAGGAAAGACUCCUAUAUUAUAAAAAAUGGACAGUUCUGACGUUUUCCGCUUCCCUAUUCUUCAUCAAAAGUUAUUCUUGUCCACCUCCGCUUUCAUUCUCUGUUCCUAGACGAUGACGAGGAAGCGGACAUUUUCGCAGGCGGAAGCGGGCAAGACGGAGGACGCGGAACGAGGCAGCUAAUCCACGGCUUUGAACGGGAUAAAACUGUUAAGGGUAGUUUUUUGGCGCUUCUGUUACCGUUCGGUUUGACUCUCCUACGGGGAGAGAGCAUAAGUACCGGGGAAGAGAAACACCAAGACCCUACUUCUAAAGCUGGUAGGGAUUUGAACGAAAACGAACAAGAGGCAAUUCAAAGAUGGAAAGAUCGAGACGCAAAUUUCGAUGCCAUGCUCGACCAAAUAGGCGUAGUUUGCGACCGAUUGAACCCUCUUGUCGCGCAGAUAGGCGUACUCCUAAGUCUUCUAGCAACUCCUAGUUGUACUCGUACUCGUAGAUUUCUCAUCGAGAUGUAGAAGGAUCAGAUUCGUAAUUGAGACAUUUCAACACGCAGCACCCGAUGAUAUUCUAACCUACCCCUACUGCUUACAGGAAACCGCGCAGCGACAAGGCGUCAUGGCCAACGACAUUGUCAAGAAGGUUGACAAAGCGGAUGCGGACGUUGGCACAAUGAGCGGGAAAAUAAAGCACAUACUACAGCAAGAGCGAAAUUCCGAUUUCAUAUGCAAAAUGGUUCUCUUCCUCGUUCUACUCACAGUACUUGGUAUCUGCGCAAAGAUGCUCAAUUCGAACUUUUAGAUUUAACCUUGGGAAAGUGUAAAUCUAUCGAAAGAGCUAUCGUAAGAACGCUCAACAAGAACGUGCGCCAAAACUCAAAGGUAGUUCUUUACAGUAUCUUCGCCGUCGCCUACAUCGC